AUGCUGCUAGAGAACCAGCUCCCCUGGCACGUGGUUGUGGCGGUCAUGGACUCUCUUCAGCCGGAGGCGAGAAGCAACCUCAUGGAGUCUGUCGGGAAUUUCAUCGUACGUAUGGGGAAGACAUUCAAGAUCCGCCACGAUGGUGAGGCAGAAGAUUUUGUCUGGGAGACCAAUGGGCUGCCCCAGCCACAUCUCCUUCGCCUCUUCCGACGCCACAAAACAGAACCAGGUAGCCGAAUAAAAUGGUCUGAGGUGAAUCAUAUCUCAGCAUCUAGUGCCAUCGAGCUAGCACAAAUGGGCAUCAAGCUCAAAGCGAGCAAGUCGGCGGCCUUCACAGACAUGGAUAUCAAGAGGAAAUGGACACUCAACGGCGAGCUCUCCCUGGCACCACUGUCCCUGAACGAUGCCAGGGCACGAUGUCUCGUCAACAUGGCGGCUUUCGAAUUGUCCACCGCUUGGAGUUAUGAAGAUCACCCCAACAGCACCGCCGUCUGUUCCUACCUCGCCCUCUUUGCCAUGUUCAUGGCCAAGGAGGACGAUGUGCAGGUGUUGCGGUCAAGGCGCAUCUUGCACGGGCACUACACCAACGCGGAGAUGAUUGCCUUCUUCAACGUGGUUAUGAACCACCUUCCUGAUAGAGGAUGCCGUUUCGCCCACAUCAUGGCACACAUCGUCGACUACAAGAAGAGGAGGUGCAUUCCCACCAGAGUGCACAAGUUUUUAUACCUCAACUGCGGCACAAUUGUCCAGGUGCUCACCAUCGUUAGUAUACUUGGGGGUCUCUUCCAGCUUCUCCUCUCUGUCAACAAAGGCCAGGCCGGGAACAAUGGCCAAUAUUUGACAUUGUUACCAUCAUGACCAAUAAUUAGUAUGUGAGGUGUCUUGUUUGAUCAAGUCGUGAGACCUAUUGCCUUACAAUUGUUCUGUACUACUACCUUCGAUCCAUAAUCCCAGCUUAAAAUUGUGACACA